GGGAGGGGAGGAGUGGAGAUGGCGGCGGCGGCGGCGGCUCAGGGGGGCGGGGGCGGGGAGCCCCGGGGAGCCGAGGGGGUCGGCCCGGGGGUCCCCGGGGAAGUGGAGAUCGUCAAGGGGCAGCCGUUCGACGUGGGCCCCCGCUACACGCAGCUGCAGUACAUCGGCGAGGGCGCGUACGGCAUGGUCAGCUCGGCCUAUGACCACGUGCGUAAGACCCGCGUGGCCAUCAAGAAGAUCAGCCCCUUCGAGCACCAGACCUACUGCCAGCGCACGCUGCGCGAGAUCCAGAUUCUACUGCGCUUCCGCCACGAGAAUGUGAUCGGCAUCCGGGACAUCCUCCGCGCGCCCACCCUGGACGCCAUGAGGGAUGUCUACAUCGUGCAGGACCUGAUGGAGACUGACCUGUACAAGUUGCUCAAAAGCCAGCAGCUGAGCAAUGACCACAUCUGCUACUUUCUCUACCAGAUCCUGCGGGGCCUCAAGUAUAUCCACUCAGCCAAUGUGCUGCACCGGGAUCUGAAGCCCUCCAACCUGCUCAUCAACACCACCUGCGACCUUAAGAUCUGCGACUUUGGUCUGGCCCGCAUCGCAGACCCUGAGCAUGACCACACCGGCUUUCUCACGGAGUACGUGGCCACACGCUGGUACCGGGCCCCAGAGAUCAUGCUGAACUCCAAGGGCUAUACCAAGUCCAUCGACAUCUGGUCUGUGGGCUGUAUCCUGGCUGAGAUGCUCUCCAAUCGGCCUAUCUUCCCCGGCAAGCACUACCUGGACCAACUCAACCACAUUCUAGGUAUCCUGGGCUCGCCGUCCCAGGAGGACCUCAACUGUAUCAUCAACAUGAAGGCCCGCAACUACCUGCAGUCGCUGCCCGCCAAGACCAAAGUGGCCUGGAACAAACUGUUUCCCAAGUCAGACUCCAAGGCCCUUGACCUGCUGGACCGCAUGUUAACCUUCAACCCCAACAAGCGGAUCACGGUGGAGGAAGCACUGGCUCACCCCUAUCUGGAGCAGUACUAUGACCCAACAGACGAGCCUGUGGCCGAGGAGCCCUUCACCUUCGACAUGGAGCUGGAUGACCUCCCCAAGGAGCGGCUGAAGGAGCUCAUCUUCCAGGAGACGGCCCGCUUCCAGCCCGGGGCCCCGGAGUGCCCCUAGCCUCCCUCCAGACUUCCCUGUGUGCCCCCUGGGAGGGGGCUGGGAAAACCUGGCCCUGUCUCCUGCCUGCCCUUCUAUGCCGGACUGUUAGAAAACGGACACUGUGCCCAGCCCCUGGCAGCCUGGGGCCAGGGCAGGGGGCUGGGGGUGAUGGGCCAAGCCCCCAUGUCACCCCUGCUUUCCCACAGGCCAAGAGCCCCUUGUCCUACGUCCUAGUGCCCUACUCCCCAGCCGCCCUGCCCCCCUCACCCCAGCUGGCCCAGGCUGUUCCUUGGGGAAGUGAAGGGCUCUGACCCGAGGACGCCACUGCUGCUCCUCCGGGGACAGGAAUGUCCCCAGGGCCAGGGCAGGGACAUUGAGCAAGCCCUGCCCCCCCCUCACCUCCUGAACCACCACCCUCCCCCCUCCAUCUCCCUGGGGAACAUUCCUGAAUCUCAAGGGCUAGUACCCCUAAGGAAAGGAGCCAGCCCUCAGCCCUCCCAUCAGGCUGCCGCAUUAACGCCCUCGCUGCUUCUGUGGGAGGGGAGCGGGUGGCGGGGGGAGCACGCACACGGAGCCCCCGCCCCCUCCCGCCCCGUGCCUGUAUCUAAUAUAUAAAUAUAGAGAUGUGUGUAUGAUGA